AUGCUACUUGCUACAACUUUGCUAUAUUUGUCUUGGCCUGACGUCGUGGCCGUCGCCGCCUUGGGUUAUCUUAUUUGGCUCAUAGCAGCAUCGAUACGCCAAGAAAAGAUCAUCAAGACCCAUGGUGGCCACGCCCCAAAAGCUGGCACCAGCAACAAUCUACUGGGGAAUCCUUUCGGUCUCAGGUUUGCCUGGGACUUCUACCGCCAUGGUCGUCGCGACGAGUAUCUCAAGUUUACGCAUCUCAACUUCACCCAGACCGGUGCCGGCCGCGCCAACGCCUACACGUUUGAAGUCAACCUCGGAGGCAUGCGCACCAUCUGGACGGCAGACCCCGAGAACAUCAAAGCCAUGCUCGGGUCGCAGUUCGACGACUACGGACGCGGCAAGGCCUUCCAGAAACGCUGGCAUGACCUCUUGGGCACCAGCAUCUUCAACGUGGACGGCCAGACGUGGCACGACUCCCGCCAGCGUCUUCGCCCGCUCUUCAUCCGCCAGCGCGUCUCCAAUCUGGACUCGUACGAGAGGCACUUCCAGUGCCUGAUCAAGCAGCACCUCGACGGCGGCCGCACCGUCGAUCUCAAGGAUGUCAUGUCCAGGUUCGCCCUGGACGCCAUCAGCGAUUACGCCAUGGGUUGCCAGGUCAACACCCUGGACGAUCGCAACAAGGACGUGUUGGACGCGCUCGAGAGGGUCAAGACCACUCAGAACAUCAAAGAGUGCGCCGGCCCGCUGAGCUGGAUGGUUCCGACGUCGGGCCUGAAGCGAGACCUCAAGGUCCUCGACGACUUCGUGGCGCCUCUGAUAGACCACGCCGUACAUCUGCCACAGUGCGUGCUCGACGAGAUGGACAAGACGGACCGCGACUGGACCUACCUGAAAGCAUGCGCUACAGUCUCGCGCGACCGCGACUUUCUCAAAUCUGAGCUCAUGUCAGUUCUCUUGGCCGGCCGCGAUACCCUCUCUGGGACGCUGGUCUGGACCCUGAUGGAGCUCGCCAAGCGUCCGGACCUGAUGGCGGACAUGCGGCGAGAAAUCGAGAGCACAGUAGGGCUUGGACCUGAUGCUCGACGCCCGACUCAUGAUGACCUCAGGUCCAUGCGACUCGUCAGAAACACGCUCAACGAAACGCUCCGCCUGUUCCCCCCCGUAUCACUCAAUAUGAGGGCGGCUCUCAGGAACACCAGCCUGCCCCGUGGCGGUGGCCAGGAUGGCAACGGACCAGUGGGCCUGGCGGAAGGGACCCCUGUGAUCUUCUCCAGCCACAUGCUGCAUCUGAGCCCGGAAACAUACGAUCAAUCUCCGCCGGGGACCAGCGAACCUCACGUUUUUGACCCGUAUAGGUGGGACGUGUGGAAACCCAAACCGUGGACCUACAUUCCGUUUGGUGGAGGGCCACGGGUAUGUAUCGGCAUGGAGCUCAGCAUGACGGCCAUGACUUUUGUCUUGGUCCGUCUGUUUCAGCGUUACUCGAGGCUGGAGAUGCGGUGCGAGAUGCGUGGCAAUUCGGCAGAUGGGUGGGAGAGGCCUGAUGGAAGCCCCAGCAUUGUUGAGCAAUUCAUGACGGACAGGGGCAGGGUGCGCAUCUCGGGGGAUGUUACUCUAUCCCCUAGGGACAAGGUGUUAAUGGGUCCUAACUCCCCGAAUUUAGCAACCAUCAAGCCAAUCAUGAUUGUGACCAUCUCGGCCCUGCUGGCGACCUAUGUCCUGUACUGGACCUUUCGCCUGGUAAACAACAUUCUCAAGGCAAAGGCGACCGGCUUGCCUGUCCGCUGGACGCCAGUGACGCCUGCAAACCCGUUUUGGAUUGUUUUUGGAAAGCCUACCUCUCGCGUUCUCCGCGCACUUCUUCCCUCGUUCCUAUCAGAUUGGACCUACUUUAGCACUUUCGACUGGCACUGGCUGGACCGUCUAUCUCUGGAAUCCAAAGUCCACAAAAAGAAUGGGGACACUUUUCUCCAGGCUGCUCCCUCGGGGGUGAUGCUGCAUACGAGAGAUCCCCAAGUUGCUGAGCAGAUACUGCAAAGCUGCCCGAAACCGGACCAUGUGGCAAAGUCCCUCGAGGUGUGCGGGCCGAACCUGGUCAGCAGCAGCGAGGAGGACUGGCCGAGACAUCGCAAGGUUACCGUGUCUACACUCAGCGAUCGGAACAACCGUCUAGUCUGGGCCGAGACGGUCCGCCAGACUCGGCAGAUGAUGCGGAACUACGAGGCCAGAGACGGGGAUGUGGUUGACCCCGUGGACGACGUCCGCAGGAUGUACCUCAACGUGUUUUCUGCCGUGUGCUUCGGUAAGCCCUUGGGCUUGGACGAGGCCACGGGGGACAGAAGCGACGACGUCGUCCCCAAGGGUCACGCAAGAAGCUACCGGCACUGCCUCGAGACCAGCCUCAAGGAUAUCUUCAUCCUGCACACCGUCCCGAGCUGGGUGGCCAAGCUCCCUCCGGCCCUGGUCCCACGCAAGAUUGCAGAGUUCUUCGCGGCUUCCCGCGAAAUGAUUCAGUACCUGGACGAGAUGAUCCGGACCUGCCAGGACGAGCUGCGGGAUGGCGGAGAGGUGCUCAAGUCGGGCGAGAAUCUGCUCCGCAUCACCGUCCGGAGCGGACUGGGGUUCGAGGGCAAGGAGGCGCGGGGGCGGGCUUACCUUGCUGACGAUGAGGUCCGCGGAAAUCUUUUGAUUUAUUCUCUGGGUGGACACGAAUCAAACGCGCAUACCUUGACCUAUGCCUUGUACCUUCUGGCGGCGUAUCCUGACAUCCAGGAAUGGCUAGCUGAGGAGAUGGCCAUGGUUUGUCCGGCUGACGGCCAGUUGGGUGCGGAGGAGACUUAUUUCGGUAUCAUGGCUAAGCUUCCAAGGACCCUGGCCGUCAUGUACGAAACACUCCGUCUGUACCCCUCAAUCAUCUUCCUGCCCAAGACAACGGCCUCCAAGCACGUGGCCAUCAACAUCAGCACCGCCAAGGGUGAGACCAAGGCCGUCAUCCCGCCCAACACCAACAUCUGGGUCAACAUGUGCGGGAUGCAGGUGUUGCCCGAGGUGUGGGGAUCCGACGCACGCACUUUCCGCCCAUCGCGAUGGAUCGACUCCUCGGGCCAGUUCGCCGCGCCGUCGCCGGCCGCUGGUGCCGCCUUCGUGGCCUGGGGCGGCGGCAAGCGCAUAUGUCCUGGGCAGAGGUUCAGCCAGGCGGCCUUUGCGGCCAGCAUGGCCAGCCUGCUUGCGGGCGGGAAGAGGGUGCGCGUUGCGCCGCGGGGUGAUGAGGGUGACGGUGCGGCCAGGCGUAGGGUGUUGGGGGUGCUGGAUGACAGUUAUGUCGGCACUACUGUUCACAUGAGGCGGGCUGGGGAUGUCAAGUUGAAGUUGGUGGAGGGUUAA